UGUCUGGUAUGUCCAGCGGGCACCUACAGCAAUACGAGCGGCCAGACCUUGUGCAGUACUUGCUUCCCACACGCGACCUCGGAGGCCGGGAGUGAGGACGCAGGGUCGUGUGUGGCAUGUCCGGCGGGCAAGUACAAACAAGCGCUCGGCCCAGGCGCUUGCACUAACUGCCCCAACAACUCUGUCACUCCGUCGGGCCAGUACAUCUCCAACGGAUCGUGCGUGACUUGCCCUGCCAACACGUGGAGCUCAGGUCUUGCCACCGGAGUAGAGACGUGUGUGUGCCCAGCUGGAUACUUCAUAUCCAACACUACAGCUGGGGCGUCGAGCUCCUUCGACUGUCUGGUAUGUCCAGCGGGCACCUACAGCAAUACGAGCGGCCAGACCUUGUGCAGUACUUGCUUCCCACACGCGACCUCGGAGGCCGGGAGUGGCCAGUACAUCUCCAACGGAUCGUGCGUGACUUGCCCUGCCAACACGUUGAGCUCAGGUCUUGCCACCGGAGUAGAGACGUGUGUGUGCCCAGCUGGAUACUUCAUAUCCAACACUACAGCUGGGGCGUCGAGCUCCUUCGACUGUCUGGUAUGUCCAGCGGGCACCUACAGCAAUACGAGCGGCCAGACCUUGUGCAAGACGUGUGUGUGCCCAGCUGGAUACUUCAUAUCCAACACUACAGCUGGGGCGUCGAGCUCCUUCGACUGUCUGGUAUGUCCAGCGGGCACCUACAGCAAUACGAGCGGCCAGACCUUCUCCUUCGACUGUCUGGUAUGUCCAGCGGGCACCUACAGCAAUACGAGCGGCCAGACCUUGUGCAGUACUUGCUUCCCACACGCGACCUCGGAGGCCGGGAGUGUCAACGUCAGCUGGUGUCAGUGCAACGUUGGCUACGCUUACGACAACGCCUCCUGCCUGCCGUGUGCUGUAGGGACGUACAAGAGCACGGAGGACGCAGGGUCGUGUGUGGCAUGUCCGGCGGGCAAGUACAAACAAGCGCUUGGCCUCUCCGCGUGUCAACCCUGU